AUGCCUUUUGGUCUCACAAAUGCACCUGCAGCCUUUAUGGACUUGAUGAACAGAGUCUGCCGGCCGUUUCUCGACAGCUUUGUGAUUGUUUUCAUCAAUGAUAUACUCAUUUACUCUAAGAGUAAAGAAGAGCACACCCAGCACUUACGACAAAUUUUGGGAACACUGAGAGCAGAGAAGCUUUACGCAAAGUUCUCCAAAUGCGACUUCUGGAUUCGUAGAGUGGAAUUCUUGGGACAUGUAGUCAGUAAAGAAGGAAUACAUGUGGACCCUACCAAGAUCAAAGCUAUUGAGGGUUGGGCAACCCCAAGAACUCCAACCGAAAUUCGACAAUUUUUACGCCUUGCUGGUUAUUACCGAAGUUUCAUCCAAAAUUUUUCCAAAAUUGCCAAGCAUCUCACCACUCUCAUCCAGAAGGGUGUAUCUUUCCAUUGGAAUGGCAAACAAGAAGUUGCUUUCCAAACGCUGAAACGAGCCCUCUGCAGUGCUCCAGUGUUGUCCUUGCCAAAAGGAACGGAAGACUUCGUUGUAUACGGCGAUGCUUCUAACCAAGGGUUAGGUUGUGUGUUUAUGCAGCGCGGAAAGGUGAUAGCUUACGCAUCUAAGCAACUAAAGACCCAUGAAGUAAACUACACCACCCACGAUCUCAAGCUAGGAGUUGUGGUCUUCGCCUUAAAUAUUUGGAGGCACUACCUAUAUGGUACAAAGUGCACCAUUUUCACAGACCACAAGAGCCUCCAGCACAUUCUGAAUAAAAAGGAAUUGAACAUGAGACAUCGGAAAUGGGUCGAACUGCUAAACGACUAUGAGUGCGAAAUCAAGUACCACCCAGGAAAAGGGAAUGUGGUAGUCGAUGCCUUAAGCCGAAAGGAGUACUCGGACCGCUGA